CCAACUUCGACACUCCAUCACCGGAUUCCUGUAUCUGUACUUGCUACUCACCUUGCUAAUACAACCGUCUGCGGGCAGCCUCUCUUUCAUCAUGGCGCAGUCAGGAUAUUCCAAUCCGCUCAAGAAGUUCAAGCUUGUAUUCUUAGGCGAACAAAGUGUCGGCAAAACGUCUUUGAUCACACGAUUCAUGUACGAUUCGUUCGACAACACAUACCAAGCCACAAUCGGAAUCGACUUCCUGUCAAAGACCAUGUACCUCGAGGACCGGACGGUGCGCUUGCAGCUCUGGGACACAGCCGGCCAAGAACGAUUCCGCUCCCUCAUUCCCUCUUACAUCCGCGAUUCCAGUGUGGCAGUCGUCGUGUACGACAUCACCAACAAGAAGACAUUUGAGAACACGCGCAAGUGGGUGGACGAUGUCCGAGGAGAGCGAGGCAACGAUGUCAUUAUUGUCCUCGUUGGUAAUAAGACGGAUCUGAACGAUAAGCGGGAGGUCACCACAGCGCAAGGAGAGGAGGAGGCGAAGAAGAAUAACCUCAUGUUCAUCGAGACGAGCGCUAAGGUGGGGCAUAAUGUUAAGGCGCUCUUCAAGAGAAUAGCACAGGCACUGCCGGGAAUGGAGGGCGAGGGACAACAAGGGCAAAGCCAAAUGAUCGAUGUGAACAUCAAUCCUAGCCAGCCGCAACAAGAAAGCUCAUGUUCUUGUUAAAUGCAUCACGACUAUUGAACGAUUCGGGUUCACUUCCGCUACAGCGCUUGUAAUUAUUUGGGUACUUUGCAACUGCGAACGUCAUUGCGAGCAAGGCGUUUCGGGCAUCGGCUGCAUCUUGGGAUAGUCAAAGACUCGGUAGACUCGUAAUC